UGUAUACUUUUUUUUAAUCCACACGGAUAGAUAUCAGAUGAACAUCAAACAUUUUCAAGGAAAAGCAAGAUGCCAUAAUGAAGAAGAGAGGUGGGAUCACAGUUGCUUUGUUAUUGCUACUUUGCAUAUGUACCAAUGUGGCACGGACACAACCAAUGUCCAUGGAGCAGGCAUUCGGCGUGUUUACACAGCUCAAAGUCGAUAUAGAUGAAGUCAAGGACGAUGACGAUAUUUUCAAUAUGCAUACCGAUAGCCAACUCAAAAUAUUUUUGGAAUCUAUGAAAUCCAGAGUUGAUAGUAUAUAUAAGGUGCCAAUGAUGAAAACCUAUAAAAGAACAUUCAACACCAUAAAGAUUGAUAUUAAUAUUAUCAUAGGAAAAAUUCAAGCCAAUGAAGACCUGUUCGAAUCAUUCAAAAAACAGUUUCAAAAGUGUAAAACAUCCUUGCAACGAUUUAUAGCUUCCGAUUCUAGCGACUCUGAUAUGGAAUCUGAUGCAUACAAUUUAUUAAAUCCCUUGGAAUCUAUAGUUCAAAAUCAUAAUUUUUAUAAACAAAAUAAAAACUUGGAAAAUACCGAGAGUAUAUUGUCAAAAUCUGACAUUUUUAACGGCGUUCUUAAAAAGUGGAAGAAGAAGAUCCCUCGAAAAGAAAAGAGGAACUUGAAGUCAUGGACCAAGUGUGUCAAAAAUCUGAAAUCUAUCGCAAAGGAAUGGAAAUCGAACAUUAUAUUGAUAAAGAACACUGUACAAGGAAUCCCUGGAUUACCUGGUAUUAGGUCUUGUGUUGAAGACGCCACGUCUCCUGCUGAAAAACCAAAGGCGCCCGAAAAUGGAUUUGUCGGUGAAGGUGAUACUCCUUGUACUUUUGUUGUAUGGUGCAAACCCGGAUUCAAACUGGUUGGGCGUUCCCGCUUUGACAUAACAGCACCUGCAGAUAUAGGCGAUGAAGCAGAGACGAAAUGUUUACCAUCUCAUGUUGGAUAUUGGCCGCUAAAUAGACAAGACCAAGGAAAGAACUUUGCAGAACAUUUUCACAACCCUUCAACGGGUAGCACAGUUAAAGUUGAAGAUGCUGUUCUGAACUCAAUCAAAUACGGCGACGGGGUUCAAGGAGGGAUGCAGGAUGCGAUCCAGGUAUCGACGGCGAGUGAUUCAUCAAUUGCGAUUCAAAAUCAAAAUAGAUUAUUGAGUUUUGAUGGUAGUUUCACAUGGUUGCUGUACGUGAGCCCUAGAAGGAAGCAAUUGAAUGGUUAUAUAUUGGAUGCAUCUACAACCAACAAGGAGAUGGUAUCAAUAAAGAUGAUAAGUGCAAAGCUAAUAACUACCAUAACGACAUCUACGGGCGAUACAUACGAGUUAAGGUCAAAAGAUAGCAUAUUUGUCCACAAGCAAUGGCUUUACAUUAGUUUCUCCUUUGAUGCGAAAACAAAAAGUAUGAAGCAAUUCAUCAAUGGUGAACUCCUUCAAGAGAAAGUUAUACAGCUGAAAGGAAAUGUUUUGACAGAUUCAAAACAAAUUUUAUUGGGUAAAGCAGUAACGGGAGGCGAUGUAACACGUAUGCUAUUUGCUUGCGUCAGUGCAUACACAGUAGCUCUUAACGAGACUGGCAUCUUGACAGCGAUGGGACGGUGUAUUCAAGCUAAUCUUAUUGCGUCCUGGCUCUUCGACAAACAAAAUGGCCAAAUGGAUAUGAGUGGCAAUGGGAAUCACGCCACAUCAUAUUUCGCAAAAUUUGCCGAUGGAAUCACCAACGAGAAGAAGGGUUCAAUGAAAACUGGCAAGAUUCGUUUUCCAAGUGGCAAAGAAAUAACUACAUACAUAAUGAUUCCAUCUCUACGGAUUGAUCAACGUUUGACUUUCGCCGGUUGCAUAUAUAUCGAGGCUUUGGUAGAUGAUAGUCCCGUAGUUGACUUCUCUACUGUUGACACGGUUGGUUUUCAUAUAUGGAUUCUAAAAGGUGGUGUUAUUUUUGUGAGGUUCGGUGAAUUUGACCAGACCAGAAAGAUGGACUCAAUCAAGAUAGAGAAAUUCCAAGGGAAAUCUGUUUUUAAAGAGCAUAUUUGGUAUCACAUCGCAUUCACAUACAAUGGACACACGGGUGAAGCAUCGUUGUACGUUGAUGGUGAACAGGUUACAAUGCAGAGUUUAUUGACUGUCAAAGGACUUAUAUCUGGCACAGGGUUUCUUGGUAAAACACUGCAGAAUAAUGCAUUCUUUGACGGAAGAUUCACGUGCAUUCAGUUUUUUGAAGAAAGUUUGAACCAGGCGGAGAUAAAUGAAGUAAUGAAAAAGUGCCAAAAAGUGAGAGCCACGGCCGAGAACGCUAACUGUGGAUUACAAAUUAAUAAACCGGCGUUUGGUAGGAUAGUAGGAGGGCAGCCUGCAUUUCCGCAUAGUUGGCCAUGGAUGGCCCGGAUAACAUACAGGGAAUUGCAUAUUUGCGGUGGAAGCAUAUUCAAAAAACGAAUUAUCAUCUCAGCGGCACAUUGCUUUUGGCCCAGGAAGGACAUAUCAGAAUUGAAGGUUUAUAUUGGUUCACAUUCAAGAUCUGACCCUGCACCAUCGGAGCAAGUUUUUAAAGUUGCACGCAUAAUCCAACACCCCAAAUAUAAUCCAGCAACAUAUGAUAAUGACAUAGCCCUUGUUUACUUAGUAGAUGAUAUGACAUAUGGAGAUGAAGUCCAGCCUUGUUGUCUGACUGAUCAAAAUGUAAGGGACAAUUAUGUAUGUGUGGCAACGGGGUGGGGUUUUACACAAAAUGUAAACGAAUCAGCUGACAUACUUCGACAGGCGAAAAUCCCUGUGUUAAACAGAGGAGUGUGCAAUAAUAAGAUGGAAACUCCAAUUUCAAAAAAUAUGUUAUGUGGGGGUUAUUGGGAAGGAGACAUUGACACCUGCUCAGGUGACUCUGGCGGACCUUUGAUGUGUCAGUUCGGGAGGGAUCCUGCCUACAAGUUAGUGGGUAUAGUAAGUUGGGGGGAAGGGUCUGUAUGCGGGGUGCCAAAUAAAGCCGGAGUCUACACGCAUGUAUUUAUCUAUAUCAAGUGGAUCAAAGCCACUAUUGCCACUACUGUAAGUUAUACAACAACAACUGAAAGUACUUCUACUACUACUACUACUACUACUAGGCGUAUUACUACAGUCUCCACUACGCCUACCACUACCUCUACUACUACCACCACCCCUACCACUACCUCUACCACCACCCCUCCUACUACGACUCCCACUACGACAAAAGCAACACUUCCUGGAACUGUUCGACCUAACACAUUACGGGGAAUACACUGGACAACUUUUGACGAGUGUUUGGAUUGUAUUUGUCAGGCAAGUGUGAAUGGAUGUCAAAUUAGUAGCUUGAGUAAAUGUUUUAAAGACAGUAACGGUUUCGAAAGAUGUGGACCCUUUGACAUAUCAAUGGCUGACUGGAUUGCCUGUAAAAGACAUGGGGAAUCGAUUGGUUUUAAUUGGAAAACAUGUGCUACACAUGCUUCAUGUUCCCGACAUUGUAUUCGAGACUAUUUGAAUGCUCAAAAAGGAAACUGUCCCCUGAAUGAAGUUUGUGAAGACCUUGCAAGAAUGUGGUUCUUUAAGUCACCUGGUUCGUGUGGAUUUCAUGCUCCGGGUGUGGAUAGCUAUUGGAGAAAAAUUGAAUCUGGAAGUUGUUUCGGAGGAACGCCGUGUUUGGAUUGCCUUUGCGAGGCACACGGGUGUGAGGCCAACUUAGGUAAAUGUGUUGAUGAUGAAGGCACUGAACGGUGUGGACCGAUGAACAUUGGCUACGUUGCAUGGAGCGAGUGCGGUAGGCCAGGGGGGUCCUGGAAGGCGUGUGCAAGGGAUUCAAUGGCAUGUUCAAGACACUGUGUUGUGAAAUAUCUCAACCGAUAUCGAGGUGCUUGUACACGUAAGGGAAAUCCAGCAGCCAUUACGUGUGAAGAAGAUGCGAGGCUUUGGUUUGCUGGCCCAGCUUGGGGGUGUCACGAUACGAAUUUUUGGACGACAGAUUAUUGGAAUUCAGUUGACCAAUGUUUGAAAACAAGACAUGACAAAUAGUUGUGUUUUCUCCCUUUCUUAUGUUCCAUGUAAACAACACCGGUCGUCACAUUGUGUGAUGAAGAAAUAUAAACUUUUAUGUAAGCAGCUUAAAUCGUUGUAUGAGUAAUUUACACAGCACUCGUAUGAAAACAUUUUUUGUUAAUUACUAUAACUUUAUUUUCUAGCAAGGGUACAAUUCAGUGACUGCAUUUUUAUCAUUCUAUGGCAAAAUGAAUGAUACGUAUCAUAUAAAUCCGACCAUUUUGCUCUGCUCUACAUCCAAUUGUGAUUUUACAUUUCUGAUCACAGUGGUUAUUUGUAAGGAAAGAUUCUAAGCCUCGUUCAUCGAUAGUAUACGAUAUAUCAUUUGUAUAUCUGUAUUGCAUGCUUUUUCGAAAAGUUUAUAUGUUUUUGAAGUCAUCAUAUAUAUGUGCGAUGUUCUUAGCAUAUCU